AGAAGUGUGGUCAAUCGAAAGGAAUAGCAGGGCUUUUUUGUGUUGUGGCGAGGCUUGAGUUUACAGUUUGUACUUGUUAUAUAAUUUCCUUUUCUUUUGGGGGUGUCUCGGCAGCGUGUUGCUUCCUCUGUUGUUUGAUCGACAGCUGUUCAAACCCAGAAUGGCCGAACCGAGCGCCAGAUAUCAGCAGCUGCCCAAUGAGGAGGACCCAGAAGAGAGUUCGCAGGUAGCAGCUGAUGCUCCGCCCCCAUACAGCAGCAUCACAGUGGACAAUGCUGCAUACUUUGACUACAAGGAAGAUGGGGUUUUCCCCAAGCCUCCAUCCUACAACGUAGCAACUACGCUACCUUCCUAUGAUGAAGCAGAAAGAACCAAAGCUGAGACUACUGCUCCCCUCGUAACCGGAAGAGAUGAAGACUUUGUGACCAGAGACGACUUUGAAGAUGCUGAUCAGCUGAGGAUAGGAAAUGACGGCAUUUUCAUGCUCACUUUCUUCAUGGCAUUCCUGUUCAACUGGAUUGGUUUCUUCCUGUCUUUCUGUUUGACCACCUCAGCGGCCGGCCGCUACGGGGCCAUCUCAGGCUUUGGCCUCUCCCUCAUCAAAUGGAUCCUCAUAGUCAGGUUCUCCACAUACUUCCCUGGUUACUUUGAUGGACAGUACUGGCUGUGGUGGGUGUUCCUGGUAUUGGGCUUCUUGCUCUUCCUCCGAGGAUUCAUCAACUACGCCAGAAUCCGCAAGAUGGCCGACACCUUCUCCACCCUGCCCCGCACUCGAGUGCUCUUCAUCUACUGAGCUCACAAACCCUCGAUCUCAAAUCAUCAGUUAUUUUUUUCUCUUUUCCAAUGAGACAUACUGUUCUGCUCUAUCCAAUCAAAAAGGGAGAAAAGAACUUUUUUUUUUUUCCCUCUGCUUGACAUGAUUUGGACAAUACAACAAUCUAUUGUCCCCUUUUGGUGUAAAUUAGUGAAUGCUGAGAAUUCUGUAAACCCUUCAGUUGUUAGUGGUGACCUGUCAAGUGCUAUUGCAAUGAUGAAGUGUGUGAUGUAUAAAUUAAUGCCUUAUUUACUAUUUUACUAUCUGUUGGUAGCAGCAGCAUGCACUGUUCUCCUGUUUUGCCACCAGGGGGCAGUCUUGUAUGUAUAAUUUCUUUUCGUCUUUCUGAUGAAGUCAUUUGUAUAGAGAGGCGGUUCUCAGCCCAGGGGUCAGUGGCUCAUUUUGGGGAUAUGGGUUAAAUCACGCAAUGUGAAAUAAUAUAUUUCAAGUACCAAUUUAAUGUGCUUGUAACCUUUCCGAUUAAUACUUUCUGUGAAAUAGUAUAUUACUGUAUACUGUUGUAGACUUAUACAGGAAAUAUAAGGCUGUAAAGGGAAAAAAAGAAUUAUGAGCUUUGGUUUUUGUGGGUGGAGGGGCUAAAAACAUUGAGAACCACUAACAUGCCGACCGGGCCGAGUUUUCCUGAUGUAUUUAGGAGUUGCCAGGAGCUGAGCUUCACAGGGCACACUGGGGGUCACUGCCUUACUCAAGGACACAGUGAUAGAGAUGUAAUAAACUGCCAGUCUGUCACCAGAUUCAGAUGUACAACUGGAUGAUUCUGGUCAAGUAAAUGACUCCAACGCCCCUAUCUUAGUCACUGGCACCCCAAUUGGUUUCCAAUGAGGAAAAAAGAAGAUUAUAUUACCAGAUGUGAUUUGGAAACCCUGCCCUGUUAAGAACAAGAAAUAUAUUUAUUCACAGCAGAGAUUUUUUUUCCUCCUUGAUGUAAUGAAUCAGAAUGAAAUAUUAAAAAAGUAAUUUUUUUAAGUUUUACCCUCAUUCUAGUGGAAGUGCAAUGGUUAUUUUUUAAUGCAAAAAUUAAAUUAACUGGCUUGGAAAAAUAUUUGGAAUUAAACUGGAAAAGUACA